GUCACGUCGUCGCCGGUUCACUGUCACACGCGUAUCCGCCGCCGCUGUUGUAGUAAUAAUAAUAAUAAUAAUAAUAAUAAUAACAAUAGUUAACAAUAUUUUGUAAUAUUAUUGCAUCGUCAUAAACAAACACGUGGGCGCUUGCCGACCAACCGGCCCGGAGACUCGCACGCGUUUUCCGAGUUCCGGUUUACCGUUUCGAUACGUCUCUUCGUCGACAGAAGAACAUCAGAUUGACAUUUUCACAGACCGGGAAUUGAUUGUUCUCAAAGGGAAACUCACUUGUCGCACAGGGAUGGCGUUUGAAACGAAUGAAACAGGCGAGGGUUGCAGUGAAAACAAACGUUGAAAUAAAUUGUCGUCAAGAAUUUCAAUCAAAAAUGUUUAACAGAAAUUUGAUUUUCGUUGCGUUGAUUUUUUUAUACGGCAAUCUAGAAGUAAAUUGUCAAAUGCAAGAACCAGACGAAAUAAUGCCUGAAUUUUAUGCGCCACUGGAAAAUUGGACGGUGACCCAAGGCCGAGACAUAUACUUUACGUGCACGGUGAACAAUUUGGGAAAGUACAAGGUAGCUUGGAUCAAAUCGGAUUCUAAAGCAAUUCUGGCCAUCCACACGAAUUUGAUUGCUCACAAUCACAGACUGACCGUCACUCACAAUGGACACAAUACUUGGAAAUUACACGUGUUUAACGUUCAAAAAAACGAUACUGGAAGUUACAUGUGCCAAAUCAAUACGCAACCGAUGAUACUACAGACCGGGUACUUGGACGUGCGAAUCCCGCCAAACAUAUUGGACGAAGCAGACAUCGAGGGGCCGGGUAGCGCGGCCAUGGAAGGUGGUACCAUACGGUUACGGUGUAGGUCCACUGGGAAACCGGAACCAAAAGUCCAUUGGAAGCGCAAGGACAACCGUCACAUUGUCAUCCGGUCCGACGGGGCUAGAGAAAAACAAGAGUCAGCCACUGUUAAGGGCGACACGUUGGAGCUUAGCAACGUGCACCGGACCGACAUGGGCAAGUACCUGUGCAUAGCCAAGAACAACGUGCCGCCGACGGUCAGCAAGGAAUUCAACGUUCAGAUACAUUUUCAUCCGAUGAUCAAGGUGACCAAUCAACUGGUGGCCGCGCCGACCGGAAGCAACGUGCACAUUCAGUGUUACGUCGAAACCUCGCCGAAAGCCAUGCACAGCUGGGCAAAAGUAGACGGCGGCGAUCUCAUGCCCAACACCAAAUACAAAAUGUCGGAGACUCCUAUAAACGAAUAUUCAUUGCAAAUGGACUUGACCAUAACAAGUCUUGAACCCAAAGACUUUGGUGGCUAUCUGUGUAUAGCCAAAAAUGCUUUGGGUAAAGCCGAAGGAUCCAUAAGGCUUCAAGAACUGCAUUUGCCCAGCGCUCCAACCACUUUGGAAGCGCCAGAACUGGAUUUGGAAAGAGACGAUGACGGAGAGUCAGCAGAUGCAGACGAAGAGAACUUGGUGCCUGUGGAGGGCGAACCUACAGCCGACAAUGAUAACCCAUCGUCGGACGACCAACAACAACAGGAGCAACAGAAACAAGCAUCAGUAUCCACAAAAAAACCUCCACAGGUUGUUUAUGGGGUUGGAAGUGGAGGUGGGAAUGGAGGUGGUGGAGGCGGCGGCGGCGGCGUCCGUCAUCAUGAUAACAAACAAAGACAUGGCUCUGGCAAGGGUUCCGGUUCCGGAUAUCCGGCCCGUUGGCUUUUAGUAUUAACCGCCGUCGCCGUAGUCACACUGUUUAGGUCACCAGCAAUAUCUCGGUGGUGACGACUCCGCUAAUGAGGAGACUCACUGUUGUACGACGCUUAUCCGGUCAGUGUUCUCGACACUCAAUAAUUCCUGAUCUAAGACAAUAAUCGAUUCAUUUUUUUUAAACAAUAUUUUUUUAUUUUUCAACCAUGGACCGUUUUAAUCUCAUGACCUUUACAAAAAUAAAAAACCCAUCCUUUUAUUUAUACACACACACACACACCUAAUACCUAAGGCUUAUAUAAUAUAGUGAUACAAUAAUAUAUAACAAUUAUAUAAUGUACAAUAUACACACGGUCGACACGCGCCAUCGAUGCAGAGUAAAAUAUACAUUAAACAAUUUAAUAUUGUUAUCAAGCCGGAUUAAAUGGAAGUCAGAAUGAGAGGUGACAUGUCUCUGGGGGCCACAAACGUAAGCAUAUUUAUUCGUUAACCUAAAGUUUUAUCAAAUGGUUAUUUAUACAUUUCUCAAUACAAAAUACAAUGAUUUCAUUUUAUUAAUAUAUUAAAUUUAAAUAAUUUUAUUUUCAUAAUAUGUAUAAUGCCUAAGUAUACAGGUGAUUCAUCAAGCAUACUCCAACCUACAUUGUUUUCUUCGAUAACGCAAAUAUUCAAAAUUUGAUUUUCUGAAAUUUUUAAAUAUAGGUAGAUACUUAAAAACAUAUUUUUAAAUCCUUGAGACUUUUGUAUUUUAAUCUAAUCUAGCCUAAUACUAACUUCAAAUUACAACCCUCCUUUUAUACAGUAAAUUAUUUUAUAGAUAUUUAAAUUAGUAAAAUUUGGUCAUAUCAAAAUUUGAACAAGGAGUUUUUUAGUGAUUCU